CUGAAACUCUGAGACUCUCUCUCUCUCUCUCUGUCUGUCUACGCUAUCUCUUUCACCAUGGACGAAGUCUGGAAAGACAUCGCUUUCUCCAAUCUCCCUCCCAACCUCUCUUCCCCUCCCCUGUCCCUCCGCCACACUGCCGCCGCAGCCGCCUUCCACGACUUCCUCGCCGGAGAUUUCGGAGACAACCGCCGUCCUCACUCGCCGGACCCGCUUCCCGCUCCUACUCUCUCCAUCCCCUCCGGCAAUCACACCAACGCCUUUCUUCCUCCCGCGCGCUGCGCCAUCAGCCAUCCGUCGGCUCCCGCCAUCGCCGGCGGCGGUGGGGAACGCCGUUGGAAGAAGAUGAUAAAAAACAGAGAGUCGGCGGCACGGUCCAGGGCAAGAAAGAAGGCUUAUACGGACGAGCUGGAGAUGGAAGUGGCUCAUCUUGCACGGGAGAACGCCGCACUGAGGAGGGAGCAGGAGAAGCUCAAGAUGGCAAUAGAUGCUCAGGCGACGACGACCAAAGGGAAGUUGUUGCGAGCUUCAAGUUCUACAUUUUGAAAAACUAUAUGUCUGUCUGUUUAUCUAUCUAUAUAUGUAUAAAGGAAAGACUCGAGGCUAUUAUAAGAGCCCACAACCACUCUUAUGUGCUUUAUUAUUCGAGGUCCGCCUUCACUACCAACAACAUGAUCAGAGGGGGAUUCGAACGUGUCCUGAGGGGACUUAUGAUCUUCAAAGAGAUUGUUUUACCAAAAAGCCACUGCU